AAAUAUUAUAGAAGAAGAAGAAGAAUGUUCAUGACACGUUCGUGUUGUUUUCUUUUUCAAACUGUACGUUCGGACAAGUAGUCUUGGUGACGGACAGCCUCCGGAGGUGAAGACUAAGGCACUGAUUUAAAGCAUCAUGGAAGGGGACAGUAAACCACUACUGGACCCAGUGUGUAGAGGAAGCUACACAGACAAAGGCUCCACAGAUUCACUGGACCGAGGGGCAAGGAGGCCUUUCCACGUGGAGCAUCGGAAUAUAGUGGAGAAUGAGCCCUCUGAGAGGGUGUCAGCAGAGGCCUCUGUCCUCAGCAGCAGAGUGCACUACUAUAGCCGACUCACUGCCUCCUCUGACAGACUGCUGAGCCCUCCAGACCAUGUGAUCCCCUGUCAAGAGGAGCUCUACGUGUACAGUCCUCUGGGGAUGGCCUUCAAAGUGACUGGAGGGGACGGAGGGGCCAAAAACCCCAGCAUCAUCACGAUUUUUGCCAUAUGGAACACGAUGAUGGGGACAUCUAUACUCAGUAUACCAUGGGGGAUAAAGCAGGCAGGGUUCACGUUGGGCAUCAUCCUCCUGAUCUCUAUGGGUCUGCUGACCCUCUACUGCUGUCUCAGAGUGCUAAAAUCACCCAAGUCAAUACCGUAUAUCGACACGUCAGACUGGGAGUUCCCUGACGUGUGUAAAUAUUACUUUGGGAAGUUUGGCCAGUGGUCCAGUCUGGUGUUUUCCAUGGUGUCACUCAUUGGUGCUAUGGUGGUCUACUGGGUCCUAAUGUCCAACUUCCUCUUCAACACUGGCAAAUUCAUCUACAACUAUGCGCAUAAUGUCAGCAUGUCCGAUACAGAGUUUGGAACCAACGGGUCAGAAAGAGUGAUCUGCCCGUUCCCCGACACGGGGGACCACAGAGGGAACUGCAGCAGCGGCAUCAGCGGCCUCUACCUGAACACCAACAACUACGGCAACGACACGUCAGACACUGCCGUGUUCGACCGCUGGUGGAGCAAGACCAACACCAUCCCAUUCUACCUCAUCAUCCUGCUGCUACCGCUGCUCAACUUCCGCUCUGCUUCCUUCUUCGCCCGCUUCACCUUCCUGGGCACCAUAUCUGUGGUCUACCUCAUCAUCCUGGUCACACUAAAGGCUAUUCGUCUGGGCUUUCACCUGGAGUUCCACUGGUUAGAAUCCACUCAGUUCUACGUUCCAGAAUUCAGGCUGCUGUUCCCUCAGCUGACUGGUGUUCUCACCUUGGCCUUCUUCAUCCACAACUGCAUCAUCACCUUGAUGAAGAGCAACAAGCACCAGGAGAACAACGUGCGGGACUUGUCUGUGGCCUACCUACUGGUUGGACUGACGUACCUAUACGUGGGAGUGUUGAUCUUUUCUGCGUUCCCCUCCCCUCCUCUGUCAAAAGACUGCAUUGAACCAAACUUCCUGGAUAACUUCCCCAGCAGUGACGUGCUGGUGUUUGUGGCACGGACCUGUCUGCUUUUCCAGAUGACCACUGUCUACCCCCUUCUGGGCUACCUGGUGCGUGUCCAGAUGAUGAGCCAGGUCUUCGGCAAACACUACCCCAGUUUCUUCCACGUUUUCACUCUGAACAUUUUCAUCGUUGGCACUGGUGUCUGCAUGGCGAAGUAUUACCCCAACAUUGGCUCCAUUAUAAGGUACUCGGGGGCGACGUGUGGCCUGGCCCUGGUCUUUGUCUUCCCCUCUCUAGUCCACAUGAUCUCCCAGAAGCGUAGAGGGGAGCUCAGCUGGCCCUCGGCCAUCUUCCACAGCCUCCUCAUUGUCCUGGGCGUGGCCAAUGUGGCAGGACAGUUCUUCAUGUAGUUAUGCCACUACUUGGUUGGUCUGUCCCUCAAUGAAGCUGGGUUGUGUUCAUUAGUCACCAAACGGAAGAAAAUGGACAGAAACAGGGAGGUGGGACGACUUGGACUUGUCCAUUGUGAAAUGCUAAUUUUAGUUUUCCGAUGAGUGCCCUGAUUACGACCCGGCACAAGCCUUUUGUAUACAUUGUGUACGGUUCAGAGAGAUGCAAGAGACAGCAUCCAACUCUCAUGGUCUGGUUUGCACAGGGAGCAGUCUCUGGGGAAUUCAAGCUAAUGUCUUUCUACUUUAACUGCACGUUCUCUUCUUUCAGUGGGAGUUUCAUGUCCAUUUUAGAUUGCUUCUUUGGAAAUGUGCAUUAGUUUUGCUCCCUCCACAAACAUGCUAAUCAUUCUGUCUUUUUAUUAAGGGCAUUGACUUUCACCUCGGAACUAUCCUCCUUCAACAUGAUGGUGCAGAAAUGUUUUAGUUUAUUUUAUGUUGAUUUAAUUUUUAUUUUUUUGGUAGUUCAGUAGGACUGAGCUAGCCUUGCACAGCCUUGUUCACAUGUACUGUUCUGAUAACUAAUCUUUCGUUAUUUCCUCCUUUUUAGGUUGAUUUAUUUUGGGGUUUCCAUUGUAGUUUGAACAAUUUAAGCACUGUUCUUCUCAUCAGCGUAAAAUACACUCAUAUUUAAUUUUUUGGUUUAAAUGCAAUUCAUAUGCAGAACAUAGAAAGCAACCCAAUUGAAUAAGUUGAUUAUAAAUCAUGUGUGCGUAGCUUGCGUCAAAGUAGAACAGUGCAAUGGCAAGAAGUCUGUGGGAGAGUUGUCAAUAGAUAAUCAUGUGGUCAGACUUUCUGUAGCAUAAUUCCCCAGAGAGUGAAGCAUUUGACUGACAAAUGUUACUGAAUGAUUCCCUUACACACGUUCCCCUCCCUCCUAUUCUCCCCCUUCUGUUUGAACACUAUACGUUCUAUAUAGUUCAUAUUAUUCUGGGGGAAAUGCACAAAUCAUGUCCUGUAUUCAGUCUUAUCUUUUUGAGGGGGAAUCUGGAUGGAAUUAUUUGACUUGUAAAAGCAGGGAAGCAAUUUGUGGUGACUGUUAGGCCUUUUGAAUUGUCUUGGCCCCUUGUGGAUAUUUGUGGGGAGUUCAUUUGUUCCCUGGUUCUUAAAGGGAAAUGCCACUCAAACUAUUCACGUUUGUUUCAUUAGUCCACUGUUGAUACGGUCCAAUGUUUCAUUAGUCCACUGUUGAUACGGUCCAAUGUUUCAUUAGUCCACUGUUGAUACGGUCCAAUGUUUCAUUAGUCCACUGUUGAUACGGUCCAAUGUUUCAUUAGUCCA